AUGGCCGCCGACGACGAGACGCAACGCCAAUCGUCUCCCGUUGUCGACGAUGACAGGACCUCACGUGCUCCGACCGACCCGCCGGCGGAUGGGCCUCCGCCGGCCAAGAAAAAGAGGACCCGGACCCGGACGGGCUGCCUCAACUGUCGCCGCAAGAAGCGCAAAUGCGACGAGGGCCGUCCGGCUUGCGGUGGGUGCUCGAGAAGGAAGGAGAAUUGCGAAUGGGGUAUCAAGGUGACCUUCCGGGCUGAAAACGCCCAGACGAUAUUACAAGACCACCCGUCGAUGAAGAAGGCUCGGCGGCCACCUCUCCGUCGUCACUUUGAGAUCCUCGACGUCACCAACGAGGUCAUCCGCGACUAUCAUCUACCACCCGGCUUUCACGACUAUGACUCGGAUCGAGAACUUGGACCGGAUAUAUCGCCCAUCGAGAGGGGGGCCCCUGGUCCACAUCACGAAGAUGACGAUGCAAAGAAUUUUGACAGCCCCGUAUCCUACACCACUUCCACAGCCGGCGGCAAUACUACAUCUGUUGCGGGAUCCAGCACGGCGAAAAGAACAUUAUCCUCAUCUGGACCGAGUUCCGCACCGGCGGACCACAUUCCCAUUACAAGCUACGGCUCUCUUUUGACACCGUCGACCCGGCGAGAGGAUGCCUCAAGCGAUAAAGGACACCCACCAACGGGCGACCGUAUGGAUUUCCAAGCAUCUUCCUCUUCAGCAUCGCACCUCAUCACCGAUAGCGCCGUUGCAAACCUCAUUUACCUAAGCCAGGGAGGCGCAGGUCAAGGACCGCACGAACACCCCGUAUCCGCCGUCAGCCGUCUUCCCGUCACAACUUUAUCCAUCGACCCGCUGAUGGAUGCACCCUUUGACUUUAUGGACCAGAUGUUCACGCCCGAGGGGUCAUACGAAGACGGCAUAUUCUUACCGGGCUCAGCAUACCAUGAGCUCCACUCCACCUUGCGAAACCAUUUGAUCCAAGAAGUUCGCUCCAAUGGUCCUACGAGACCAGCUUCGCCGGCCUCUGGCGAGAACACCAGACCUAGAUCCAUCGACACCAGCUCCGGCCCUUGCUCGUCAAACGAGGCGGCCGAAGCAGUCGGUGAGGUAUCUUCCGAUCACGAACCCCCCUCUCUUCCCUUGGAAGAGGAAUGUGCGUUGUGGAAGAACUGGGUAGACGAGAUCUCUCCCUGGCUCGACAAGUUCGACAACCAGCGCCACUUUCAGCAUUCCCUCCCGACAAUGGCUCGGGCACACGAUCAUCUGCGGUACUCCAUGCUGGCUCUUUCGGCCCGUCAAUUGGAGCUGAAAGACAAGAGCCGCCCCACAGACCAGAGUCUGGCGCUUUAUCAAGAAGCGAUACACUUACUUUUACCCCAACUCCCGACGCGCACAACCGCCGUCAUAGCUUCGUGCGUGGUACUCUGCGUUUUAGAAAUGGCCAGCUGCUCUCCAAAGGCCUGGCGUAGGCACCUUGACGGCUGCGCCAGUCUGAUGGAGGCCGUUGGCAUGAACGGCUUUGUCGGCGGCGUCGAGCAGGCGCUAUUUUGGUGUUUUGUCCGGAUGGAUGUAUGCGGUGGCCUCAUCUCGUCGGUGAAGACCUUGAUACCCGUCAACCAUUGGGCAUCUCCAGUCAACCUCGAAACAGACGUUGGUUUGUUCCUCAACAGCCCCGGCCAUGACAUGUGGGCCAACUACGCAGUCUAUCUCUGCGCCCAGGUUCUCGACCUGCUGGCUCCACUGGCCAAGGCCAACCCAGGCGGCCUAUUUUUCGACGGACCAAGGAAUGACAUGAGAUACCGAGUGCAGUGGAUGAAUCUUUGGAGGUAUGUCGAGAACUGGCACAGCCGCCGGCCGUCCCAGAUGCAACACAUCAUGUCGAUACCCUCAUCGGACGCGGAACCGUUCCCCAAGAUUCUGUACAGCAACCCCGCCGCCAUAUCGGGUAACCAAUUAUACCACACGGCGUCUCUGUUGAUGCUACAAAACAGACCGGCCUCGUUACGAUUGUCACCGAGGCCCCGGUCAGCGCUCUGGCAUGCCAGGCAGAUUUGCGGGAUUUCAAUGACGAAUCACCACCACGGGGCGUGGACCAACAGCGUCCAACCCCUUUGGAUUGCGGGGCGUUGCAUGAGCCACAUUACGGAACAUCGCGCGAUACUGCAGUUACUAGAAAAGAUCGAGACAGAGAGCGGAUGGGGCACCAAGUGGAGGGCAGAUGACCUAAAGGAGUUUUGGGGCGACUUGGGAGACGGUUAG